AAUGAGAGCAUACAUACAAGUUUUCUUAGUUUCAUUACAAAUCUACAGUUUAAUAACAUCAGAAAUUAUACAAAACGAGUUAAAUGUGAAUGAUAUACUCCGCACAGAUUUGAUGCCGACGUUUUUCAUUUCGAGUGAUAACGUCGAGGUGCCAAAAAUGAGUAGUAAAAAAGACUUUUUUCCAACUGUAAAUGGUUCUAUCGAUGCUGCCCUGAAUACGCUUAAUUUCCACAGAAAAAUGAUGAAUGAGUAUCAAUGUAGAAAUUACGUUGCCGAGCAAAUCCUAGAAGAAAUAGGAAAAAAUUCCAUACAAAAUCGUCUCGGCAAACCUUUUGAUGGAAGUAUAUUUAGUCAAAAUGUUUAUACACCUCGUUCCCAAGAUUAUAAAGGUUUGCAUGAUGUUGGAUCGGUCAAUUAUCAGGAGUGGCUCACUAAAGUAUCAGCUCUAAACGAUAUUUACCAACAUUACAAUAUGUCAAUAAAUCCACGUUUAAACAGCAAUUCGACUAUUUAUCCUGAAAUUCAUGCGAACCCCAGAGAUGGUUAUGAAGUGUUCGAAUCGGGUGAAGCAUCUUACGGAUAUCCGGAGAUGCAAGAUGUUUCUAAACACAGUAGUGGUUACGAAUACUCAAUGCCGCCGCCUCCUCCGCCAGUAUACCAACAUGAACAUGUGGAACAUCACGAAGACUAUCACGUGGAAAAAGAGUCCCAUGGACUGACUAUAUCUGAUUUAUUUGAUAUCUCGCUUACAGGGAUCGCUUUUUUGUCGUUUGGCAUGUUUGUCCUGCAAGUGCUUAUGUGCAUCACUAUGAACGAUCAACAACCUCAAGUGAUGCAAAUGGUAGACAACGGGGACAAUAUAAACGUGGACGAUGUUUUUCGCUUCAAACGUGAAACGGAACCAAAUAAAUCAAUUAAAUCUUUGAAUAGUAUAGCUAAAUAUGCGUUAAUGGCUUUAAAACCUCAGCCAAUAAUAUGCCUAUACCGGACUCUGUGUUUGGGGAACAAGAAUACACGUAAUCUGCAGAAUAAAGAGAGAUAUUGGCUGCCCUUGUUUCAUGCCAGUAUAGCUUGGACCCGCGGUGCCGCUUUAGGCGCUUUACGCGCAGCUGCGUUGGGCCUUGGAGGAGCUGAUUGUAAUAAGUUGUAUCCUAAAAACCAAUGUUUAACUGAACAAGAGAACAAAUAAUUAUUAUUAUGUAGCUUAGAUUCUAUAUAUGGUUUAUAAAAAAUAGUGUUGUUUCAGUGUUGA